UACAAAAGAAAACAUAUGGUUUUAUACACAACAUAGAUUUAUUGUGAACUGUAGGUUAGCUACGACUAUUAGACGUUUAAGCAUACAUAUAUACGUGUACAUAUACAUAAACAGAAAAAAACAUAAUAAAUAAUUUAAAAAGUGAUAAAAAAUAUAUUUGAAAAUGUUGGAUUUCUUUACAAUAUUUACUAAAAGUGGGCUAGUUCUGUGGUGCUCUCGAUACGGCUAUCCUGAUAUAUUUACUCCAGCUGUAAAUGCACUUAUAAGAAGUGUCAUAUUGCAGGAGCGUACCGGAGUUAAUUCAUAUGAACAUGAGUCUCUACGAUUGCAAUACAAGUUGGAUAAUGAAUUUGAAUUGGUAUUUGUGGUCGCUUAUCAAAAAAUAUUACAGCUGUCAUACGUUGAUAAAUUUUUGAACGAUAUUCAUUUGGAAUUUCGUGAUAAAUAUAAUGACUUGUUAAUAAAAUCCUUGUGGUUUUGGAACUAUAAGUUUGAUGAUGAAUAUAAACACGUAUUAGCAAGUGCUGAGAAAUGGGGUAAACAACAAGCGGCAAUACCCAAACAAAUGCGUACAUUUGAAGAAAGUUUUAAAUCAAAGAAAACUGUUGCUAGUAUGAUUGAGAGAAAAGAUGAUAAAGAUAAUAAUAAAAAACAACAGCAAGCUAAAAAGAAAAAAACUAAUCCAAUUGAUGAAGCUCCAGUUAAAAUUAAGGAUUCUUUCAAAGAAAACGAUGUAAAUUCGAAUGUAAAUAAUGAAGAUGAUAUGAAUGAUGAUGUACUGGCGAUGAAUCGUUUAAAAUUAGCUCAACGAUUCAAUAACCAGAAGAAAAAACCAGAGAAACAAAAAAGUCCGAAAGAAGAGAAAGUUGGAAAGAAACCACGGGUAUGGGAAUUAGGUGGUACCAAUAAAGAUUUACCAAAUCUAGAGCGUACUAAAGAUAAAAUUACUGAUACGCCGAUUAACGUACAAGCCAAUACCGCUCUCAUUGGUAAAAUGGAAGGUCCAAUCCCUAAUUUAGAAGUUCCCAGUGAUUCUGAAGAUGAAAUAAAUGAUAACAUUUCGGCUACAACUAAUAAAAAAAAAUCACAAGCUAGUAAAUCAUCUGGAGGAAUGUUUUCAAUGUUGAAAGGUUUAGUCGGUAAUAAAUCAUUGACGCAUGAAAAUUUAGAUCCAGUUUUGGAAAAAAUGAAGGAUCAUUUAAUUAUGAAAAAUGUCGCUGCUGAUAUUUCAAUGAGUCUUUGUAAUUCUGUACGAGCUAAGCUAGAAGGAAAAGUAUUAGGAACAUUUGAAAGUAUCGCUAGCACUGUUAAGAAUACGUUGACUGACUCACUAGUACAAAUAUUGUCACCUAAACGUAGAGUUGAUAUACUCCGUGAUGCUUAUGAAGCAAAAAAGAAUGGACUGCCUUAUGUUAUGUCUUUUUGUGGUGUUAAUGGUGUUGGAAAAUCAACAAAUUUAGCUAAAAUAUGUUUUUGGUUAAUUGAAAAUAACUUCCGUGUAUUAAUAGCUGCAUGUGAUACAUUCCGAGCUGGAGCUGUAGAACAAUUACGUACGCAUAUGCGUCACUUGAAUGCUUUACAUCCACCAGAAAAACAUGGCAACGUUACAAUGGUAGAAUUAUAUGAAAAAGGAUACGGUAAAGACGCUGCUGGAAUAGCAUCUGAGGCUAUUCGUUAUGCCAGAGAUUGUAGAAUAGACAUUGUGUUGAUUGAUACUGCUGGUAGAAUGCAAGAUAAUGAACCACUGAUGCGUGCACUUGCUAAAUUAAUUAAGGUUAAUCAACCAGACCUAGUGUUAUUUGUCGGUGAAGCGCUCGUUGGUAAUGAAGCUGUUGAUCAAUUAGUUAAAUUUAAUCGUGCACUUGAGGAUUACAGUAACUCAGAAAAUCCACGUACUAUUGACGGAAUCGUUUUAACCAAAUUUGAUACUAUUGAUGAUAAGGUUGGUGCAGCUAUUUCUAUGACUUACAUCACUGGCCAGCCCAUUGUUUUUGUUGGCACAGGUCAAACUUAUACCGAUUUAAAAACAUUAAACGCCAAGGCCGUGGUUCAUGCUCUCAUGAAAUAAUUUUUUUUACAAAAUUUAUGAAAAAAAAAAAAAUCGAAAAAAAAAAAACAAUUUAUAUAUAUAAAUUGAUUAGGCUUGAAUUAACUAAUUUGUAUAUUUAUAAAAGAUAAAGUUAAUAGCAUUGUUAAUCAAAGUUAUUUAAAAAUUCUUCAAACUAAUUUUUAGCGAAGAUAUGAAUAUAAUGAAAUUAUAUUUAAUUAUUGAUUAUAUUAUUUUAUAUAUGGCUCAUGGGAACUUGUUCUACGACUUUAGAAUUAUUUUCUUGUGCUUCAUCUUCGAGUUCCCAAAUAAAUGCAUCAUUAAAUUUAUUGACUUCGGGUACUGUACCACAAAUAUCAAUACGUAAAAUAACACCUGAAAAGUCAAUAAAAUAAUAUUUUUAAAUGAA